UCCAUGAUUGGCAGGCAGACGACCAUGGGACAGCACAGUGUUAUUUAGGGUCUGUAGUAGACUAUUUGUGUUGGACUAAACUGUGAGCUUACUGCGCUGUCGUCACUGACACAGAGAUGGAUAGAGAGCAUUUUCUGUGUGCCAUGGCUGGCAAGCUGACGACUGUGGGACAUCGGAGCAUUUAUACAAGGAGCCUAUCUGAGUGUGUCUGAACUGUACUGAACUGUGAUCUCUUGUCAUCACCAUGAAGGACCCGUGCCGCGUUUGCGGCGUACGCCUCAUUGGCAGCCAGUGCCGCUGGAUCUUCAACCCGUUGGGCAAGCGGCAGCUCCAGGUCAUCCUGUCCCACGUGCUGGGGCGCCAGGUCGACCGCGACCCUGACGGCCAGGCCUCAGAGUUCCUGUGCGGCAAGUGUGUGUUCACACUGGAGCGCGUGGUGCAGUGCGAUGUGCAGAUAGGCAGGCUGCAGGAGGAGCACGCCACUCUGGUGCAGCAGCUGCAGCAGGAGAGGGAGCACCUGAAGGAGUGUGUGGCCCACGUCUACGGACGCCAUAACCCCUUGCCUAAGAGGCCCGAUGUGGAGGAAGAGAACAAUGUUAAGGUACCCCUCUGGAGGUCCUCUGAAAGUGGGGAAAGCCCAGAGGAUUACGGGGGAGGGCAGUGUACGUCAGAGGGGCAGACCAAGGAAGGCGCGGGUGAGGGUGAUGGUCGGGGGAGGCGCUCUGUGAGUAUGGACCUCCUGGGUGGACCGAGUGGUCCAGGGGGAGUCACAGGUCUGUCAAGCUCAGUCCCCAGGAGGGUGCAAGCAGGGACAGAUCUUUGCCCGGUGUGCCAGGUGAAGAACCCCUGGCUCCAGUCAUCACGGCUCCGCUCCAGGAGCCUGAUGUACCUGGACCUGGUCUACCGCAAGGGUACUCUCGCCUCUCCCGGCCCCAGGCUCCGCUCAGCCUCGCUCCAGUCCCUCAACCUUGACCACCCUCAACAAACAGAACCCCUGUGCCCCCUGCCACAGAGACAGCACAGAGAGUCGAAGAUACCAUUGAGGGAGCGUUCGCCCUCAGUUGGCCCAGCUACCAGCACUACCACACCCCAGAGAGCCCAGCCUUCCAUAAUCUCUGACCUGCUGCAGCUGCUGCGCUCCCUCCCCAGACCACCAGUGCCAGGUGCCCCCGGAAGCCGCAUCCCCAUACUGCGUAGGAGGCCCAGUGACGGACAGCCGCUCCCCCCAAGACGCAGCCUCACCCCUUGGGUCUGGCACAGGCUGAGGGAGGCAGAGUGGAGGUCCCUCCAGGACCUCACUGAGGAGUUUAAUGAUGAUUACAUGCCGCUCAGAGUCGAGGGUUUCACUGAGCAUCAGAGUGAAGUGAGCAGACUGGAGACAGCCCACAGGCAGCUGAGUGAGGAGAUGAACCAGUUCAGAGCAACCAACCAGAACCUCUCCAAGACCCUGGAGGACACCCAGAACAACAACAAGGUGCUGUCUGGUAAACUGGAGGACACUGAGAACAAGCUCACCACUGAGAAAAAGAACACUCUGAAACAAGACAAAACCAUCCAGGGACUCACUCUACUGCUCAAGGAGAAAGAAAAAGAGAUUGAAGAGCUGUACCAUGAGAUUGAGGACAGGGACGAGGUUUUAGUCAAAGCCAGGGAGACGGCGCACAAAGCCCAGAUCCAGAAAUACCAGGAUUCCUCGAUCAAAACCUUUUUGCGAAAUUAA